CGAAAUAAUCGUCACCACAAUUGUGUCUUACCGCUGAAGUGAGUGGCGGUGUCAGAGAGAACCUUCAUAUAAAGAUACAGUUAUUGGAGACAAAAUAUACUUCGGAAUUGAUUAACGUCAACAUGAAGGGUUGUAUCUUGCUGGCGCUGGGAAUUCUUCAUACAGCAUCUGCUGCCUCCCACUCUCUGAAAUACUUCUACACAGCAGCCUCAGGUGAUAUUGACUUCCCAGAGUUCACUGCGGUGGGUCUGGUAGACAAUGGCCAGUUCAUGUACUUUGACAGCAACACCCAGACUGCAGUCCCCAAGACUGAGUGGAUGAAGAGAGAGGGAGCAGACUACUGGGACAGACAGACUCAGGGCCUGAUUGGCGCCCAUCAACUCUUCAAAAACAACAUUCAAGUAGCAAAGGAUCGCUUCAACCAGUCUAAGUCCACAGGUGUGCACGUUUUUCAGCAGAUGUACGGCUGUGAGUGGGAUGAUGACACUGGAGUCACAGAGGGGUUUCGGCAGUAUGGAUAUGAUGGAGAGGAUUUCAUAGCAUUUGACCUGAAGACAUUGACAUGGAUCGCUCCAACAUCACAGGCACUUAUCACCAAACACAAGUGGGACAGUAACAAGGCUUUAAAUGAGCAGAGAAAACACUACCUCACCCAGGAGUGCAUUGAGUGGCUGAAGAAGUAUCUGGACUAUGGGAAGAGCACUCUGAAGAGGACAGUCCCUCCCUCAGUGUCUCUGCUCCAGAAGACCCCCUCCUCUCCAGUGACCUGCCACGCUACAGGUUUCUACCCCAGUGGAGUCAUGGUGUUCUGGCAGAAAGACGGACAAGAUCACCAUGAAGAUGUGGAGUACGGAGAGACUCUCCCCAACGAUGACGGAACCUUCCAGAAAAGCACCCACCUCACCGUGACGCCUGAGGAGAGGAAGAACAACAAGUAUCAGUGUGUGGUUCAAGUCACUGGUAUCAAGGACGACGUUAUCAAGGUUCUGCCAGAUGACCCAACCACCAACUUUGUCCCCAUCAUUGGAGGGGUGGUAGCUCUCCUCCUGGUCAUCGCUGUUGUUGUUGGGGUCGUCAUUUGGAAGAAGAAGAGCAAGAAAGGCUUUGUUCAGACCAGCACUUCCGACACUGACUCUGACAACUCUGGGAAAGGUGCCCAGAAGAUUUGAGAGACCUCUGCACUUCUGUAACAUCAGAGAAGGAGCUGAAGAGGACAGCGACGAAAUGGAAA